AUGCAGGACGAGACAGCACCGGCGGCCUGCUGCUCGCCCCUCGGAUCUCAGCAGCAGCAGCAGCAGCAGCAGUCGGUACAGGUAGUGGCCAGCAGCAGCUCCGCUUCGACCGGCAUCGUCGCCGACGUCUUCAGCCAAGCCGGAGCUGGUGGGCUUCAGCUGAGAUCGUCGCAAUCUACCGGCAGCAGCAGCAAUUCGCACAACAGUCAGGCUCCGCCGUUGAGGAUACUCGGCAGGAACAUCAACGGCACCGUCGUCCAGACGUCGAUGCCGCAGAACGAAGCGGAGCUGCAGCUCUACCGGGUGAUGCAGCGGGCCUCGCUGCUCAGCUACUACGACACGCUGCUGGAGAUGGGCGGCGACGACGUACAGCAGCUCUGCGACGCCGGCGAGGAGGAGUUCCUCGAGAUAAUGGCCCUCGUCGGCAUGGCCAGUAAGCCGCUUCACGUGCGUCGAUUGCAGAAAGCCCUCCAGGAGUGGCUCACCAAUCCUGCUAUGUUUCAGACGCCAGUAGUGCCGACCAACUCGACGACGAGCAGCAGCGCCGUUGGCGUCUUGCCCGGUAGUCAAGUGGCCAAAGUCCAACAACAGCAGCAACAGCAGCAACAGCCAUCGCCAGCUCCCUACCCCUCGUCCAGCCUGCCAACCUCGCCUAUCCCUCCCCUCAGCCCGUCCCCUCAACAGCAGCAGCCGGCUUACGCGCCCGUCGCAGCGAUGCUCUCGCAGCAGCAGGACACCCCGGUGUCGAGCGACGGAGCCGCCCUGCUCCCUUUGGCUCGGAGCCCGGGCCUCGUGCAGCUCGGCAGCUACGAGAGCAACUCCUGCGGCAGCCAGGCCACGACGCCGAGCCCGAGUCCGGCCAGUCCUACGCCACCCGGAGGUCUGACCUCCGCGGCUAGCGGUGGGGCGCCGAUCCUGCUCGAGUCGCAGGUGCACAGACUCGCCGAGGCGGCCGAGCGACUGGCUCAGAACAUCAGGCCUCUCAAUCCCAAACCUCCCAGUGGAAUCAAGAAGAAGAUGUGCAAGAAUCUCGAGAUGGUCAUGGCGAUGCCCGAGACGGAUCCACGUCGUAUGGAGGAGAUUCGCAAGUACGCGGCGAUCUACGGUCGCUUCGACUGCAAGCGCAAGCCCGAGAAGCCCCUGACUCUGCACGAGGUCUCGGUGAACGAGGCCGCGGCGCAGAUCUGCCGCUUCGUUCCUGCUCUGCUGACGCGCCGGGACGAGCUUUUUCCGUUGGCCCGUAGAGUCGUUCGCGACGCCGGCCACUUUUUCUCCAAGGCCUUGCUUCACUCCUCGUCCAAUACGUCGCCUCGAUCAUACUCGACGAGGGAUAACGGCGAGGCCGAUCUGUCCGGUGGCGACGACUCGAUGGAGGCCGCCGUCAAACGACGCAAAUUCGUCGUCGACGACGAGCCCACCGACAAAGAUCACGCGUCCGACCAACAUCAGCAGCAGCAGCAGCAACAACAGCAGCAUCAGGGCGAUCACAACAACGCGUUCGGCAUAAGGUGCUCGAGUUUCGCACGCGAUCACGGCAUGUCCAUCGACUCCGACAGCAAUUCAGCGGCGGCAGCGCCCAAUAUGAUGAGGAAUCACAGGCACAGAAAGCGUCACCGGCGACGUCAACGGCCACCUGCUGCUCCCACGGCCUAUCAUCUAGCUCACCACAAGUCGAUCUCGAGUUCAGUCUGGCAAGCUUGCGCUGACAAUACGAACAGUCUCGUACUCGAAGGCGUGGUCGAGGGCUUCGACGACUCGGACGGCUGCUACUCGUCGUUCGACGACAUGGACGACGACGACGACGAUGGCUGGGACGACUGCAACGGCGACGAUUGCGACGACCAUUUCCCGGUGGUCGAUUCGGAUGACGAUGUCGCCGAUAACUCACGCCUCGACUCGGUCGUCGCUGCCCCUUCGAUACACGAUUCGCAGCAUCGGAUUCAAAUGGAACAGGAUGAUGUGGGUUGCAUGGUCGAUAAAGAAAACGACUUUAAUCUCAAGGUCAUCGCAUCCUGCGGUGACAAUAUCAUCGCCGUAGCCAAUCCUGCCCUUAUGAAUCACAAUCAGUCACCGACCAUUAAGAAAGAACAUCCGAUCAAAGAGGAAAUAUGCUUACGCGACAGGCGAGACUGA